GUUGCUUUUGCCUCUUUAAAUCCACUAACAAUGAGAACGCUACAUCCAAAGUUUCAUUUGCUUUUGCCUCUUUUAUGAUUAACUAGGAACUACUGAGCUGGUGAUUGAGAGAAACGUCUGCUAAGUUUACUUUGGUGAAGGUAGUAAUGGAAGCCACGACUGUAGUUAUGAUCGGCAAAACGGGAAAUGGGAAAAGUGCAACGGGUAAUUCCAUCCUAGGACGGAAAGAAUUUGUGUCCAGACGGAGUCCUGGUUCUGUGACAUCAGAGUGCAAGCUGGGGCAAUGCAAGCGGAAGGAUGGCCGAACCAUAAAUGUGAUUGACACUCCUGGUGUCUUUGACACAAGUGUAAGCCCAGAAUUUGUCUUCAAGGAAAUUGUCAAAUGUAUUGAUCUUGCAAAGGAUGGGGUGCAUGCAUUUAUUCUGGUACUGUCUGUUAAAAACCGAUUUACCAAAGAAGAAGCUGAAGUUCUAGAUAACAUGCAAAUGCUGUUUGGGCCAAAAGUCAUAGACUACAUGAUAUUACUCUUCACUGGUGGUGACGACUUUGAUAAUGAUGAUGGUUUUACAUUAGAAGACUACUUAAGUACCUGCCCAAAACCUCUCUCGAGACUUAUAGAACGUUGCAAUUCAAGAAUUGUCGUCUUCGAUAAUAUAACUAAAUCGAAGGAAAAGAAGGAAGAUCAAAUAGCUAAAUUACUGGAGUUAGUAGACAGAAUUGUGGCUCGCAAUGAAAAUCGUGCUUAUAGCAAUGAGCUCUUCGAAGAAGCAAAGAAAAUGGCGGAAAAUUUGCCCCACAUUGACGACCAGAUGAGAGGAAAGGAUGCUGAUAUUAAACGAAAGGAUGAGGAGAUUAAACGAAAGGAUGAGGAGGUGAAAUGGACAAAUAAGGUUCGUGAAGAGGAAAUGAAACGAAUUGAUGAGGAGAUUAAACGAAAGGAUGAGGAGGUGAAAUGGACAAAUAAGGUUCGUGAAGAGGAAAUGAAACGAAAGGAUGAGGAGAAGAAACAAAGGGAUAAGUUCCAUGAAGAGCAGACGAAACGAUUACAGGAGAUGAUGGAAAGGAACAAAAAGGAAAUGGAAGAAAGGGAGGCAACUCACAAACGAAAUAUGGCACUAGCAAUAAUAGGGGGUGUAGUUGCACGUAUUGUUCCAUGUGCAAUUUCAUGAAUAAAACAAGUGCCACAUAGUGGCAAGUACUUGUCUUUAGUAAAUAAUUUAUGUUGUAGUUGAUAGAUGAGUGAUACCAUAGUAAAAAUGGAGAAUUGCAAUCAAAUUUGAUUUUCUCAAAUUGAGAAAUAUGAAUAUUUUAUCUA